AAUAUGGAAUGGCUAAAUUCCCUACUACCUACAAGGAAUUCGAAAUCUUCAAUAAUCAAUUCAGAUGACGAAUGUGAUCCUCAGGCUUGCUAUGACAGUUUCAAAGAACACUGGCACCAAGUUCUCAAAAUUUUUAAUAGAGUUCAGCAAUCUCCAAGUCAUGAUGAUGUGUUGGGAGUGGUAAACCAUUUAGAACAAAUGGUCACUUUGCUACAGUAUGACAUGAAGAGAAAUGAUAGAUUAUGCAUGUCAAUAUCCUCUUCCCAUUGUCUAGAGCACUUACUGAAGGAAAAUAUUCUAGAAAAAUUAUUCCAAUGGAGUACACAAUCUGGCAGGUACAUUAAUGCAAUAAGAUGUGAACAACUAAAAUUGUAUCAAAUGCUAAUCAGUCAGUCAAGACAUAUUUUGCUGAUGCAUGAACCAUUUUUGAGACCAAUGAUAAGAUUAUUAUGUUCCUGUGAUGGAGAAGUAUUCUCUAGAGAAGUUGAAAACUUACUGGUUGAUCUAAUAAACCAACUUAGUGCUCUUCUUAUGCAAAAUAUAGAGUUCAUCAAUCUAUUUUUUCAAGAAAUUAGAAAUGUACAAAGUUUUAUAAUAUUCUCACUAUUGAUACAAUUUGUCCAUAGAGAAGACUCUAUUGGAAUGAGAGCAAGAGAUGCUCUCCUUCUUUGUAUGUCCCUAUCAAAGAAAAAUAAUAAAGUUGCUGUUUAUAUUGCAGAGCAUUCAAAUUUCUCUGUAUUGGUUGCAUCAGGUUUGAGUGGACUAUACUCUGUGUUACCAAAUAUAUUAGAUGACAUUUUAGUACCUGACUGGCAUAGGUUUACUCCAGAUGAUGUUAAUGAAAUCAAGGGUCUCUUGACUUUUGUGACUUCUUUGGAAUUCAGCAAUGCAAUAGCACAAGUAGCACAUCCUAUGAUACGAAAGCAACUCCAAGAGUUUUUAUAUAGAGGUUUUUUGAUACCAGUAUUGGGGCCUGCCUUAUUACAGAGUAAUGUUCAAGAACAAGUGGCUGCAACUGCAUACCUUGAACUUAUACUUAGAACAGUCACAGAACCAGGCUUGCUGCAUUCUUUGCUACAAUUUUUACUCAAAGUGGAUUUUGAUGGGCAAAGACUACUGAAUAUCUUGAUACAUAGGCUAAGUUCUGAGAAUAGACAAUUGUGUCUGGUUUCCUUGGCUGUGUUUGAAUCUAUGGUUGAUUUAGACUGUGAGGACCUAAUGUUGGAACUUGUCUUCAAACAUCUGCAACCUUGUUUGCAUCUUAUGCUAUCACAAAGGAAAAUACUCUUGCCUUUGGAUCCAUACUGUCAGAGCUUUGAAAAACUAUUGACUCUUGCCCCCAGAUGUUGUCAAAUAAUUGAUGAUACUAGUAAUGAAGGAAACAGCACUCAGUGGAAUGCACUGAAACACAAACAGAGCCUUUAUGGAAAGUAUUAUGCAUAUAUUUGUGAUGCUAGAAAUAAGAUUGGAAGGUGCCAGAUGGCUUGUAUGGCAUGGAAUAACUCUUACUCAGGAGAAGAUGAUGUUUUUAAUAACUCAGAAAACUCCAGUAGCAUAUCACUUGAAAGAAGCAGUGGCUAUGAUAGUCUGAACCUGAAUUUGGAGGAAACAAAAAAAGCAGAAGAAUACUGGAAAAUUUCUAGCAACUUCAAACCCAAGAGGGAUACAUCAACUCCUACAAAAAUUGAUGAAAUUGAUCACACUAGUCCUUCAGCUGGGCCGUUUCUCUCUAUCUUGUUGGAUAAAUUGAAGAACUUCUUGUCAAAUUCUGUUUAUAUCAAUUUGCAUCUAACAGGAUUAAUUUCCAGACUUGCUGCAUACCCCCAACCUCUUUUAAGGGCUUACUUAUUAGACCAUAGCUUAGUAUUGCAACCAAAUGUGCCAUCUCUAUUCACAAUUAUUGGGGACUUGAAGCAAAAAAUUGAUGAAUAUAUGUAUCGACAGCCAGACCACUUGCAGUUAAUUAAGUAUGCUCGAGACUGCCUAGUAGACAGAGAGAUUAUGUUGGUAAACCUGAGGAGAUAUAAUACAGAGCAACGGCCGACAAAAAAGAAUGAAGCUAAUGAGGCUUUCCAAAGGAACAGUGCAAAGAGAAGAAGUUUAAAUAUCCCUCCAAUAAGCAGUCUUUUCAGCAGGCGACCCAGUCAAGUGGAAAACAGUGUUCCUCUAACGGCAUCCGUGGAAGAAGUGCAAUUCAAUUUGAUUUAUCCCAAAUUCAAUGAAGGUCAGCAUGUUGCCCUUUGUGCAGUAUUGUUGGAUGAGUGGGCCAAAGAGUUAGCAGCCCUUGCUCAGGAACAUACUGUAGCUCAACUCGCCAUGCUUUUGAAAUAGCUUUGAAGGUGUAUCAGAACCCGUCAAAAAAUUUCGGCAACAAGCAAAAGUUUGCCACUUAUGGAAAAAUUCAAAUUAUUGAUAAUUUCAUGAAAAUUUUAUGAAAAAUAGUUUUGGAAGUUCUUGAAACAUGUGUUUUUUCCUAUGGUGCAAACAUUUAUUACUGGUCACCAUCAGAAUCUUUUUCAUGACCUCAUUGAUAUAAAAUUUAAACAUUUAAUGAGUGAUCAUAGAUGAGUGAUAGAGUUUGGAAUUUUCUAUUACAACAAAGUUAUAAUCCUAUUUAUGUGAAACAGUGAAAUAAGGUCAUUCAAACAUCUAAUAUAACAUCACAGAAUACCCAACAAUUGAUGUUGGGUAUUCUGUGAUAACAUUCUACUCAAUUCAGUUACCUUCUAAUCUUGUUGGCAGAAAUGUUGGUAAAUUGCUGCAAUCAAAUGUUUGGAAAUUAUCCUUAUUGUUCAACAAAUAUCCUCUCCUGAUUGGUAUAUAAUCAUUGAAAUCUAAUCAAUGUUUUUCUGUUGUAUUAAAACUAUAGAGGAUGGAGACUGUUAUCACCUAUCUACUUAUGGUUUGAUUCAGAAAUGAUGUGAUGAAUAUUUUUCUCAGAUUAGUCUACAAUCAAAAGCAUGAGUAAAUGUAAACAUUGAUCAUUUGUUCUGUAUCCUUUUUUAAUUACUUGAUUGGUUUAAAUGAAUUCAUAAAUCUGAAUUACAAAGUACUGAAGAAAUGCACAAAAAAUAGUUCUGCUGAUGGUGAUUCUGCUGAUUGGUGCACUUUUAAUGAUAUUUUAGUUUUCAAUGAAUGAUGAAAGAUUAGGAAGGUCACCUGUAAAUUAUUUUUUAUAAACCUGAUGGAAAAUGUCUCGAUGAUAUGUUAUUUUUAUGAUUUCACAUCUUUGCUGUAUAAAUAAGAAGUAAAACAUUCAUCAUUUCUUGCCUGAAACCUGUAUAUAUUGCAUAAAGUAACGAAACUUCCUUUUCUUAUCUGUACCUAUUAUUUUUGACGGAUUCCACAGAUGAAACUGGUUGUUUAUAUCUAGAUAGUAUAUAUUUUAACAUAUUUAAUUUUUACUAGUGAUGUUAUUUAUUGUUAUAAACUAGUUUUUGUUUUUAUGGAUUUAGACAAUCCUAUUUACCAACUGUCUUAUUUAUUUAUAUAUUUCCAAUGAAAAAUAUAAGAUUGUUGAGAAAGU